UGGGAGGACAUACUGGGAGCUCUGGUUUGGAGGAAGAGGAGGAGACGGCACUGUAGGGAGAUGGUUAGAGAGAGGGCAGCAACUCCGAACCAUUUAAGAGCAGUUUUCAGGCCGACCUGCGGGGAGCAGUGCGUUUUUACAACCAGGUGAAGCUGGUGGCGACGUGGAUACUGGCGUCUUAACCAGAGACUAGCCAGCCAGCUAGCUAGCUAGCGUUAGCCUGCUAAAGACGUUCACCUACCAGCCGCCUUCGUUCAGUGACAAAGUCCCUGCCUCCCCCACCCCAUUCAGCGGUUGAAAAAAACCGAAUAAACUGGAACACGGAAGAGUUUUAUUUUUAAUCUGUCAUUACUGACAAUUCAUCGGGCUCUUGAGACGUGGGUGAUGAGGCUCUGAGGAAGCCUGGUAACAUUGCCAGGGCCAAUGGGGGCCAGCACCAGUCAGGUGAGUGACCUCUCGGAGAGUCAGAGCAUCCGCACUCUGAUUGAUCCACAGUCCAUCUCUGAGAACGAGCCCUUCUGGAAUCAUCUCAUCUCCUUCACGUUCGCCAGUCCCACCUGCAGUGCUGAUGCUAAGCUGUUGGAGGAAGCCGUCAUCCCACUCGCCAAAAUUCUGAUUGAGAACAAUCCAAGAUCAGGGAACUUUGCCACUUUGGUGAGAGUUUUCCUGGGAAGAACCAAAGAGCUGAAGAUCUCCACUGAAUGCCAAGAUCAGCUGUUUAUCUGGCAGGCCCAUAAUGCCUUGUUCCUGGUACGAUGCCUGCUCAAAGUCUUCAUCAGGGAGAUGACUGAGGAGGAUCUGCACUUGCACUUCUCCUACCAGGCGAGGGCGCUAAGCACCUGUGAGCCAAGCUCUGAGGAUCUUCUGGAGGAGCUGAUCUGUAGCUUGGUGCAUCUCAUCGUGGAGGUGCCUCUACUAGACAUCACAUACAACAUCCUGUUUGAGGCGGUGACGACCCUCCUCAUUCUGUUGUCAUAUCAACUCUUCCAGAAGGACAUUCUGAGGGAGGGGCUUAUCUAUCGGUGCCUGACCAGGGGACGAUGCUUGUCCCUGACAAGUCGCUUGGUGAAGACUCUGCUCUAUAACUUCAUCAGGCAGGAGAAAUGCCCUCCGCCUGCAACCCACAUCUUCCAACCACAGGGUGAUGGAGGGGGGCUGCUUUAUGGUCUGGCGUCAGGCGUGGCGAGUGGACUGUGGAAUGUGUUCACGCUGGGUGGAGCCGGGAGCAAAUCUGGGCUGGACCAGGAACAGAACCCUCUUCCGUUGUCCAAUCAGAGCCUUUUAUUGCUCCUGGUCCUGGCCAAUCUGACGGAUGGACCGGACUAUCCCAACCCCUACAAACAAGCUGUCAUUUGCUUCAAAAAUACACAAGAUACGUCAUCCAUCCCUUCUCCACAGCCUCACACCUUCCAGAUCAACUUCAACAGUCUAUACACAGCGCUGUGUGAGCAGCAGAGGUCAGACCAGACGACCCUCCUGCUCUACACGUUACUGCACCAGAAUGCCAACGUCAAGACCUAUGUACUGUCCAGAACAGACAUGGAGAGCCUAGUGAUGCCAAUUCUGGAGAUACUCUAUCAUGUAGAGGAGAGAAAUUCCCACCAUGUUUACAUGGCCCUCAUCAUCCUACUCAUCCUCACAGAGGAUGACACGUUCAACCGCUCCAUACACGAAGUGAUGUUGAAGAAUAUAAACUGGUACACUGAGCGGGUGCUGACGGAGAUUUCUCUGGGCAGUCUCUUAAUACUGGUGGUGAUUCGCACCAUUCAGUUCAACAUGACCAGGACCAGGGACAAGUACCUGCAUACAAACUGCUUGGCUGCCCUGGCCAACAUGUCAGCCCAGUUCCGCUGCCUCCAUCAGUAUGCAGCCCAGCGCAUUAUCAGCUUGUUUGCUCUGCUAUCUAAGAAGCACAAUAAGGUUUUGGAGCAGGCCACACAGUCUCUGCAAAGAACUCUGGGAGCGGAUGACGGCACAGCCCUGCCAGACUAUGCGCAGGACUUGAGCGUGAUUGAGGAGGUGAUCCGUAUGCUCCUGGAGAUUAUAAACUCCUGCCUUUGCAACUCCCUCCAUCACAACCCUAACCUGGUCUAUGCUCUGCUCUACAAGAGGGAGCUGUUCGAACAGUUCCGCACACACCCAUGCUUUCAAGACAUCAUGCAGAACCUUGACACGGUCAUCGGCUUCUUCAGUCAGCGGCUGGAGCAGGCCGGAACAGACCUCUCAGUGGAAAGAGUUCAAGAGGUCAUCAAGAAAGGGGCAGCAGCCCUACCUAAAGAGCGCCUGAAGAAGUUUCCGGAGCUGAAGUUCAAGUAUGUGGAGGAAGACCAGCCUGAAGAUUUCUUCAUCCCGUAUGUCUGGUCUCUGGUCUUUAACUCUGGAGUUGGUCUCUACUGGAACUCUCAGGGAAUUGAACUCUUCAGCAUGGACUCACCCUGAGUGUAUGCACACACGUGUGCUACAUUUCCCUCGCUUCUUGCCUCCCUUCCUCGUAACGGACUCCUGGGCUUCCAUUAUCUCUAGUUUCACCAUCAGACCUCAUCUAGAGUUCAACGGGCAUGUCAAUCAAAACACUGCUCAGCUAUUGGACAAUUGGUCCAUUUGGCACAGCUGCACUACUGGGUGUAGUGCAGCUCUGUUGCGAAGCAUGUUUUAAAACCUGUUUAGCAUGGCUUCAAAGCCACUUUCUUUUGUUGCUUUAUAACUUGAGCUUUUGUUAAACUUUAUGUUGGUUUUUGAGAGGUUUUCUUGAUACAUUUAUAACUGGUUAGGGAAGAUUCAAAGGAUAAACUGACACGGAUUUGUUUUGCUUUUUUCAUAUUUGCGAAUGUUUGUUUUUCCCUUGGGUCAUUUUGAUAUUUUGGGCAGUCGUUAAAUUUUUCGCACCAGUUUUUGUUGAAAAGCUUAAUGCUUGAACUGAAAGGUCAUCGUUGUCCUGAUCUAGCCUUUAUAAUAGUUCUGAUCAUACUAGUGUAUUGCCAUGUCAUUAAACCUGUUGCAUACAAUAGUUUUUAUUAUCCUUGUUGUUGUUGUUGUUUAUUGUUAUUUGUUUUCUUAGAUAUGUUUUAAAGAGGUAUUUAUUUAUUGCUAUAAAUGUUUCCCUUAACUAUAAAAGCAUCUUUUUUGUUUGAGCAGUAGUACUUUUGUACACAGUCUCAAAUAACAAAACUGCCCUCAUUUCUAAAGCCAGUACAAAUAGAAAUUAUUUUAGAUGCUUAUCUAAGGAAAUUCUACAUGUAAAUAAUCUGUGUAUGGACUAUAACACAUCAUAGAUUUUUAAAAACGCAUGUACAUUCAUAGAUAAACAUACAGCUACAGCAUGUUAAAUAGACAGGUUUUAUUCUUCCGCGCGCCUGUGUAUGUGUGUGGAAGAGAGAUGAUGAUUCCAGAGAGUAGUGCCUAUGUGCUGUAAAGAUGUAAUAAAAAUCCCAUUGUACACAAGAUUUACAAAGAAACAUCAUUAGCUGUUCAAGCAAAGUGCUUCUGAGGCUUUAAAAACUGGUCUUCACCUCAUGAAUCACUUCACCUCAUGAAUCAGUCACCUUGGUUCUCUUAAGUGUUACAAACUGGUUUCACCUCCUACAGAAUCAGAAGUACUUUGAAACGCUUGUGGAGUGUGUGUGUGUGUGCGUGCGCAUGUGUUUUGGGGCAUUUUCCUCAAAUCUCGUUUGAGUCUACUUGAUUAUGUAAUUAUGUCACCUGCUAGUCACUGAGGCUGUGUUCCUGUGUCGGCCCAUUUCAGAGCACCACUGUCGCACCACUGAAAACUGAAGCCCUUUUCUUCUAUUUAGUCAGCAUUGAUAACACACCCACCCCCACCACACACACACACACACACCUUUAUGUUGGUAGUUGAUUGUAUGCCGUAGGCCUGUGUGUGUGUGUGUGUGUGUGUGUGUGUGAGAGAGAGAGCAGCUGCACAUAGGGGCCGCUACGUCCAGUGCUCGUGUGUUCUACGGAGGCAGUGUCAUGCCACACUGUUCUCCUGGUCACACAAACACACUUCAGGAUGGUUUCAUGUCAACAGAGUUUAUAUAAUAUUUGAAAUAUUGCAUACAUGCAUAUUAAGAACUUAAGCAGGACUUAACAUUUUUUUGUUUGUUAAAUCAGUUGAACUCGAGGAAGAUCAGAAGCUGUACAAUGUUACUGUUCACUCAGGUAACGGAAAUAAGGAGGGUGGUGGUGAUGAACCCUAGAAAUACUCUGUUCUGCUCUUGCCAUAUAAAUUGCCACCAAUAAACAUUAAUGUCCAGCUUGAA